AAUAGGAAUAUAAAUUAAGUAGUCUUUAAAUAUUGUAUUGGUUUUCACUACAUUUGUUAUACCUAUUAUAAAAACAUAGCGCAGUUAAAGUUUGUUGACGAACCGUAUCGACUUCAAAUACAAGUUAAAAAGUCACUUUCCGUUUUUAAAUAAUUUCAGCACCGAAAAUAUCUGUUUUAUUUAUAAGUAGGUAUCUGGCGAUAAUGUUUGCUAGCUCGCGUACAUUUUAUAAGUUUAUUUACUUUAAAGCGCAAUAUUAUAAUGAGUAAUCGAUAAGUAAACAAAUACGAGCCCGACGUAUCAGCGACCGGCGCGCGCGCCCCUUCUGUCAAACAUUUUUAUAGUUAUGCGCAGAGCAUAAGGAACUCUUUAUAGUCUAUGCGCGCGAGUCGACCGCACGCGCGUUCAUCUUGCGUCGUUUGAAAAAAUUCUUCGCGGUAUUCGAAUUUUUGAAGUUUGAAGUUCUGUAAACUUAGUGGUGACAAUGAGCUGGGAACAGGAUCGCGACCGGCCCUGUGACAAGUUGGAAAUCAAUGAGGCAGUCGGAAAACUGCUGGAAAGUUUCAACUAUGACAGCAUCGUGCCACAGCCGACGAGGAGCGGCGGCUGCAUGCGUCGUGCACACGUGAAGCGACCAAUGAACGCGUUCAUGGUAUUCGCACAAGCCAUGCGCAGGCGCCUCUCUGAACAGCGGCCCGCGUUACACAACGCAGAGCUUAGCAAGUCGCUGGGUUCUAUGUGGAAGAGUCUGAGUGAAGAUGAGAAGUUGCCGUUCAUCAAAGAAGCCGAUAAACUUCGAACACAACACAAGAAGGAGUACCCUGACUACAAAUAUCAGCCUCGCCGUCGCAAACCCCAGCCUACUUCAGCAGUCCGACCCAAGAGGGAGCCUUCGCCAGAGAGAGACCAGAUUGCUUUAGCUGGCAUGCCGGACAUAACUCGUGAACUGUUGCCGGACGGCCCGCCGGACAAUGCUGAACUAGAGCAAUAUUUAAUAAAGUCGGGUUCUGUGCCGGACUACCACGAGCUACAACCGCGAUACACCCACAGCCUCCAACACCCACCUCCGCCUCUGUACGCACCAGUACCGCCCCAUCUUCACCACGCAUGUGGAGCAGAUUGGUCGCACUAUCCCGGACACCCUUAAACUAAAAAUCUCGAGAAAGUGGUUUCACGUUGGUGUCUCAAAGACUUUUAGUAAUAUUAUUGAUAUUACUUAGCUUUAUCAAAAGAUCGGAAUAUUUUAUCGCCGCUCAUUUUUUGUAACUUAUAAAAUAGGUCACGUAGCUCUUGUAAAUAUAAUUGGGUAGACAUGUAAGCACUAUACGAGGCGGCGCGCGGCGCGCACGUGCGUUUAAUUUGUGUAAGCUGAAUAAAUAUUUAAUAGGUUAAAGUUUGCAUAAAUUAUUAUUAUAUAAUGUUAACUACCUACUGGACCAAAUGUUAUAUUAUCAACAAAUCUAGAUAUCUAGGUACCUAUGUACCAGAAAUAUGUUUUAUAUUUUAUGCAAAGUUAAAGUUAAAUCAAUUAUUGUCGGAUUACAGUGUUAUGUACCUAAAUUUAACUUAUUUUUAAUAGUGUUUAAAUGGUUUUUAACUCUAGUUAUGUCAAAUAAGUAAAAUAAGCAAUGUCAGUAAAGAAACCGCAUUCAAAUUCAUAUUAUGUCUGGGUGCCAGUUGUGUUAGUUUGGUACUUUACAAAAUUCUUUAAGUUCCAAAGCGUAUGGAUAAGUAGAAAUUAAAGCGUAGGUUAUAAAUAAAUAGUGGCUCUCCCUAUAUUAUUAGAUAAGUUAUUAUUGUGAUUAAUUAAUUUGUAGUUCAUAACAAUUCUGUUGUUUAAUAAAUAUAUUUUUCUAUGUUCUACAUUAA